UCGAGAAUACCAAACGAAGCUAUCAUCAGUUGGUCUUCUUUCUACCAGACAUCGUUGUUUGUCUCAGCCUCAUCCAUCAAGCAUGUGACAACCCCCCAGCCGAUCGAUGCAUAGAAUCUGUCGUCGUGAACCAGACGAGCAGCAAUAAUGGCUAUGCUAAACCCUGUCUAUGGGCUCAUCGUGCCCUUCCUUUGCAUCUUUACUGUCCCGCUAGCCAUCUUCGCGGGCAUUACCACGACCUUCGCCUUCUCUAUCCUCAUGUUCAGGGUUGCCCUUGUCUAUCUUAACAUCGCCAUGGCGUCCAUCCCCCAGUACAUAAUGGGCCGUGGAGGAUACCGGGCGCUUCCCGCGACCUACCAUUCUAUCUACGGCCACGACGGCUCGGUAACCCCAGCAUCACCCGCCGGCAGUGCCGGCUCGGCAGGCGGCCGCAACGCCUCAUCUUUGACCCUUUCCACUCCUCUGAGCAUGGGACACAUGGCGUCAGGCUACCGGAGUCCGAAAACCCGCGAGCGCGCUAGUGCGACUGCGAUCAACACCGCCUCCAACACUUCUGGUGGUCCGGCCGGAGCUGGACUCGGCAGGCGGUCACGCCGACCUAGCCAGGGCAGCGCAACGUCGAUCGGGAGCAUCACGCCGAUCAACGAAGUAGAGGACGGCACGUCCGGCCCCAGCGGCUCCUGGCUUCCUGCGUCGUCUGGCAUGGACCGUGACUUCGAAGGCGUCGGCGGCUGGCGCUUAGAUGAUGCCAACGACGAUGCCGACUGGGCGAAUAUCAAUUCGCGCCUGGAACUACCCCUGGAGAGGACACCCCGUCAUCAUCACCGAUCGGCUAGUGGCGAUACUUCCACCCCUGGGGAGGGUAGUUGGUUGAUGAUGAAGAGUGUCAAGAAGGAUGGACGGGAAAAGAGCGGUGGGACGAGGAAGCAUAACAUCUCGCCCAAUAGCGGUCGAGUCCGGACAGGCCAGAACGUCUCCAUAUCCUUUAUGCCCAGGGAUCGGGAAGAAGGGUAUUUUGGUUUCUUGCCCCAGGCGCCGUCCUCCAAGUCCGUGAAGAAGGCGUCUAGCUCAGCAGGAUAGCAAGGGAUAUUUCUUGACGGCGUAUCAUUGGAUUCUGUUUACGACUGAUGACCUUUCUUGGUUCUUGCCGACAGUGAUUAGAAAUCUUAACGCUGGAUUUCCUGAUUGCUUUGAGGUUGAAAAACACAGGGGAGGAAAAUGGCCAUGACUGUGCCCACCAACUCUGAGCAGACACGAGGGUGAGGUCGGACAGGAGGGUCAAGGGCAGCCUACUAUCAACGGCGGUCGGCCCAUUACGCGGGGAGGUGACUGUGAUUCACAACUGCUGUAUUCACAGCUGCUGUAUUCACAGCUACAUGCU